AUGUCGCAUUCGAUGAACAACCCAAACACAUACUCCAAGGAGAACACAGAACAUGUUUACAGCAUUAACGGUCUGUCAAAUCCCAAUAUUUUGGCUCCCUCGCCUGGCCAGGACGCAUUUUCACCGCUGGCCUACAACGUGCUGACCGGAGAUCAGACCCAGACCCGGCCAAAUGCACCAAUUGAGCACCAGAUGGCCAGCCUGACAGUGGACGACAGCCAUCUGAAUACGCAGGAUUUUUUGCACCCGUUCGUCGGCCAACAGCAAUCUCCCACUGCUGCUCUCAAUGCUUUGAAGGCGCAGUUCCAGCAGCCCAAGGUCGAUCCUUCUAAUAUAAAAUGGUACUAUCUGGACGCAUCCAAUAAUGAGCAGGGCCCGUUUGAUUCGGCCCUGAUGCAGCAGUGGUAUUCUCUUCGAUACUUCGACUACGGCCUAAAAAUCCGUCGCGAAGAACAGCAGACGUAUAUGACUCUCGCAGAGUUUAUUCAGUCCAUAGGAGAGUAUCUUGUGCCGUUUUCUGUUCCCUUGGCUCCACUGGUCAACCAGCCUGCUACGGCUCCUGUUUUUCCUUCGUUCCAGGAGGCAAAUCACUGGUCGGCCCCUAAUGAGCAGAGCCAGUCGGCGUCAGCGUCCCAAUCGAUGCCAGAGCCAGCAAAGACAGAGGAGGUGGCUGUGCCGAAGGUGGACGCCAGCGACAUUGAGAGAAUCGUGCGCAAGGCGUCCAGCCUAUCUGUUUCAACUAAACCGGAGACUCAGGAAACUGAGCCUAUUUCGGCUCCUGUAGCAGUUUCCGCUGCUCCUGCCGAACCAGCUUCCAAAUCUGAGGGACUGCCUGCGCCAGAAAAAGCGCCAGAGUCUGGCAAGUCCAAGCCACAGUCCCCAACCACGUGGGCCCCAUGGGCUUCCAAGAGCCCAGUGAAGCCAACCAAGACCCUGGCGGAGAUCCAGUCGGAAGAGGCCGAGAGACGCAAAAGGGAGGAAAAACAGGCAGAGGCCGCCAGGUCUCUGGCUGCCACGCUGGCUCCAAAGCAGGAGACUCCAAAGCCGGCCGUGGCCCUUCCGUCUGCUGCCGCUUGGGCCAGUGCCGGAACGGUUUCGCAGCCAAUUCCUACAAUGACGCUGGAAGAGAUCCAGAGAGAAGAAGCUGCCAAGUUGCAGGCUGCCAGCUCUGCUACCAAACAGAAAUCUGCCGCAGCGUCGUUUGCGGAGGUGACGGCCAGCAGCGGCUGGACCACGGUGAGCAGCAAGAAGACGGCAAAGCCGGCUGUUGCUGCGCCAACAAAGACCAACAAGCCGUCUGCGGUGAUUUCGCCGAACGUUCUUCGGUCGGUUUCUGCGCCCGCCGCCACGCCAGCCAAGAAACCCGUUGUUGGUAGCACGGUCGCUUCUCCAAAGCCGCAGCCGGUGACAAACAGCGGCUCGCCAGCAAGAGACUUCUUGGUGUGGUGUCGGACGCAGCUGGGCAACCUGCACAAGGGCAUCAACAAAGAGGACAUCUUGUCGAUCAUCAUCCAGUUCCCGACGGGAAGCGAGUCGCAGGAAAUUAUUGCUGACACCAUCUACUCCAACUCUGCCACCAUGGACGGCAGGAGGUUUGCGAGCGAGUUUAUGAAGCGCAAGGCGGAGGUCGAGAAGCUCGUCAAAGCACAGGGAAUACACUUCAGCUGGGGCGAGGCUUUAAAUGCCAGCGUCCGCGGCCAGGAAGACGACUUCGACAUGGCCUUUACCAAGGUGGUGAGCAAGAAAAACAGAAGAAAGAACUAG